CGAAUCUGCGGGAGGCCAGCUUCACCGUCUCCGUGCUACAGUGCCGCUACAGUGCGCUACAGUAGACGAAGCCGGAGCCGGUGAAAUCGUGCCAAACAGGCCUAAGACUUCAGAAGUGCACCACAGCAGAGAGCAGGCUACGAGCGCCGCCUGCCUCCGCCCGCUACGAGCGCCGCCGCGAGCAGGCUCGCUUCAGCGCCAAUCUGCCCCCAACCGCGUCGCCCUCGCCCCCGCGUCCGUGCGCGGCCUCAACUUCAGUCAGUAAUGCUACGAUUGGCCUCCCCGCUCGUCUCCCAACUCUCGCCAAGGAAACCGCCCCCAAUCCGCCCACGCCCUCCACCUGCUCGACGAUAUGCCGCCGCCACCACCUCCUCCUCUUUAUCUCCUCCUCCUCCCUCGCUCCCGGAGCUCCCUCCAUCCUCCGUAUACGUCCACCUCCCCUUCUGCCGCAAGCGCUGCCACUACUGCGACUUCCCCAUCGUCGCGCUCGGCUCCUCCUCGGGCACCACCCCGUCCCGCAGCGAGAGCGCAGACGACCCCAGGAUCGUCGACUACGUGCGUCUCCUCCUCCGCGAGAUCGCUGCCACGCGCCCGUUCUCCGACGACGGCGUCCCGCUCGAGACCGUCUUCUUCGGGGGCGGCACGCCGUCGCUCGUCCCGCCGCGCCUCGUCGCGGCCGUCCUCGACGCGCUGCGGGACAGGUUCAGCCUGUCGGCGUGCCCCGAGGUGUCCAUCGAGAUGGACCCGGGGACCUUCGACGCCGCCAGGCUCAGGGAGCUCGUGGGCGUGGGCGUCAACCGCGUGUCGCUCGGCGUGCAGGCGUUCCAGGAUGACCUGCUCCGCGCGUGCGGCCGCGCGCACGGGGUGGAGGAGGUGCACGAGGCCGUCGGAAUCGUCACGGCGUGCGAGGGGCUACACAACUGGAGCAUGGACCUCAUCUCCUCGCUGCCCAACCAGACCGAGGAGAUGUGGGAGGAGAGCUUGAGGUGCACCGUGGAUGCCAGGCCCACGCACGUCUCCGUGUAUGAUCUGCAGAUUGAGAAAGGCACCAAGUUUGGGCAAAUGUAUACUCCAGGUGUCUUUCCUCUUCCGAGUGACACUGAGUCUGCAAAUUUCUACAAGAUUGCUUCAAAGCGGCUUUCUGAAGCAGGAUAUAACCACUAUGAGAUCAGUAGCUACUGCAAGCCUGGAUACGAGUGCAAGCAUAAUCUAACGUACUGGCAGAACCGGCCCUUCUAUGCCUUCGGUCUUGGAUCUGCAAGUUACAUUAACGGUGUCAGGUUCUCUAGGCCGAGAAGAAUGAAGGAGUAUGCAGAGUGGGUUCAGAAGUUGGAAGAUGAAACAUGGAGCCACAAGUCUAGAAGCUCUGAUAGUAAGGACAUGGCAAUGGAUGUGGUUAUGCUAUCAUUGAGAACAGCUUGGGGGCUUGAUUUGCAAAGUUUCAGUAAAUCAUUUGGGAAAAGUCUGGCGCUAUCACUGUGUAGCACAUUUAGGCCUUUUGUGGAGAGUGGUCUUGUAAUUGCCAUGGAUAUGGAACGACAAGCCUUGCCACAAUUCGAUUUUGAGUUUGACCUGCAAAGUGAAGAUGAUUUUGGUAGCAGAGUUGCAUUUAUCCGUCUCAGCGACCCAGAUGGUUUUUUGUUGUCCAACGAGUUGAUUUCACUUGCUUUUGGAAUUAUCUCACCAUAACAAGGUUAUACAUUUCACACUGAUAUAGAUUAUUUCUAGUUGAUUGAUUUGCUCUGGCUAUACUGAAGUAUGCUCAUCUGUCUAAUAUUAGCGGUUGACAUUAGCAGAUCACUGAGAUAUAUUUUGAUAUUUGAUCGCCGUCUCAAUCUUAACUAUACUGAAGUAUGCUCGUCUGUCUAAUAUUAGCGAUUGACAUUAGUAGGUCACUGAGAUAUAUUUUGAUAAUUGAUUGCCGUCUCAAUCUUGUAUUUUUAUUACAAACAGUUAUAGUUCCCCUGACAAGAAUCGUUGUCAUGAAAAUUUAA